UUUUUUUUCAAAGGACGGCCAGAGCCGUAAGUCAAUGCUAACAGAACUACACACAUUAUUACGCUCAUCUACAAACAGCCAAAGACUUAGACGUCCAAAAUUGUUAACAAAUAUAAAUAUAAUACCUAAUGAAUGGAAUAUAUAUCCUCCAAAAAGAUUAAAUAAUAAUGAAGAUAUAAGGCUAGAGGGGGAUGUUAAAAAUGGAGGGGAGAAUGAAACUACUAAUUUGUUAAAUAUUUCUUCUAUUGAUAAUAUUACAAGGUGGAUUUUAAAAUUUUUAAUUUUAUUAUUAAGAUUUUGCAUUUUUUCCAUUUUUAGUCAAAAUUUGUUAUUACUUUUUAAGCAAAUAAUUUAUUGUUAG